CAAUAAGAACAUAACCAAAAAAAUUAAAUAAAUAUGUAAACAAACGCGAAUUAAAACAGACCAUUUAUCAAUUAUAAUGAAUACAUUAAAUAUCGAGUUAUUACCUCAACAAAGACAGCAUGCGAAUAUUUUAAACAUUUUUGAAGAUGAAAAGGCAAGCUCUCACGGAUUUGUGCGUGUCAGUGCACCAAUGGUACGAUACAGCAAGUUGGAGUUUAGGCGGUUAAUUCGUCAAUACGGGGUAAAGCUUGCCUUUACUCCAAUGGUUAUUGCAGAUUCUUUCAUACAUAGCCAAAAGGCGCGCGAUAAUGAAUUUACUACAUGUUUAGAAGAUAUUCCCGUUGUAGCACAGUUUGCUGCACGUGAUGCCUAUGAAUUUUCUGUAGCUGCUCAACUAAUAUACCCAUAUGUGGAUGGAGUUGAUUUGAAUUGUGGUUGUCCACAGUCAUGGGCUAUAUCUAAAGGAUAUGGUUGCGGACUCCUCCGACACCCAGAAUUAGUUCGUGACAUUAUACAAACUACGAGACGUGUUUUACCUCAAAGUUUUAGUAUAUCGGUAAAACUGCGUUUACUUAAUGGAGCGCCUGAGGAAUCGAUUAGAUCAACAGUUGAAUUAGCGCGGCAGCUAGAGAAAUGUGGUGCUACAUUUUUGACAAUCCACGGACGAACAAUGUGGCAGAAAACAUCGGAUCCCCUUAACAUAACUGCUAUGACUGAGAUAAAGAAAUCAAUACAAGUUCCACUAAUAGUCAAUGGGAACAUACGCAGCUGGCAGGAUGCGAAAGAAUUGCAUGACCAAACAAAUGCUGAUGGUGUCAUGGCGGCUCGCGGAAUACUCUCAAAUCCAGCACUUUUUGAUAAUAAUAUACAAGAAAAAGAAACACCAAGGGAAUGUGUUCAGAAAUGGUUAGAUAUCGCAACUCGUGCUGGUGAUAAUAUACAAUUCCAAUGUUUUCAUCAUCAUCUAACAUUUAUGUGGAGCAGCAAUAUGAAACGUAAAUUACGUUUGGAAUUCAACAACUUUACUAAUAAGCAACAAGUGUUCGACUUCUUUGAAGAACGAUACGGCUUAAAGCCAGAAGAAGCAUCACAUAGCAAUCCCUUCGACUAUACCAAGUGUGUUUAUCCGCCACUGGCACAUAGUAAUACUAAUAAGAUCAAUGCCGAAGAACCAUUAGAGGGACAGACAUGGAAUGAAAACUCAAAUGGAAAAUUCUUUAAUGAAUUUAAAGAAUUGUCGGAUACGGAAACACAAUUUGACAAUCGGCACGAUGAUAUUGAUUUAGAAGGAAGCUUUUUCACGGGUUUAGACUGAUUACCAUUUAAUCGAUAAUUACACCAGCGGAACUAGAAUAUGUUUAAUACAGAAAUAAAAGUUAUGCAUAAAGAAUAAAUACUAAUGUUAUAAAAUUAUAAAUAUUUUGUAUAUGUAGAAGUAUUUUUAAAAUUUUUUACUGAAAGUGUAACAUUCGAUGGCAGAAUAAAAAUAAUUGUACUGUGAUUGUUCAUUAUUGUAGUGAUA